AUGGUAGUGCAGGCCCUAGGCAUGAUGGUUAGCAACACAGGCACCGCAGCGACGGUUAGCAACACAGGCACCGCAGCGGCAGUUAGCGACACAGGCACCGCAGCGACAGUUAGCAACACAGGCACCGCAGCAACAGUUAGCGACACAGGCACCGACACAGGCACCGCAGCGACAGUUAGCGACACAGGCACCACAGCGACGGUUAGCAACACAGGCACCGCAACGACAGUUAGCGACACAGGCACCGCAGCGACAGUUAGCGACACAGGCACCGGAGCGACAGUUAGCAACACAGGCACCGGAGCGACAGUUAGCAACACUGGCACUGGAGCGACAGUUAGCAACACAGGCACCGCAGCAACGGUUAGCAACACAGGCACCGCAGCGACAGUUAGCAACACAGGCACCGCAGCGACGGUUAGCAACACAGGCACCGGAGCGACAGUUAGCAGCAUGUGCACUGGAGCAACGGUUAGCAACACAGGCACUAAAGUGAUGGUUAGCAACACUGGCACCGCAGCGACGGUUAGCAACACAGGCACCGCAGCGACAGUUAGCGACACAGGCACCGGAGCGACAGUUAGCAACACCGGCACCGGAGCGACAGUUAGCAACACUGGCACCGGAGCGACAGUUAGCAACACAGGCACCGCAGCGACGGUUAGCAACACAGGCACCGCAGCGACAGCGACACAGGCACCGGAGCGACAGUUAGCAACACAGGCACCGGAGCGACAGUUAGCAACACUGGCACUGGAGCGACAGUUAGCAACACAGGCACCGCAGCAACGGUUAGCAACACAGGCACCGCAGCGACAGUUAGCAACACAGGCACCGCAGCGACGGUUAGCAACACAGGCACCGGAGCGACAGUUAGCAGCAUGUGCACUGGAGCAACGUGCUCUUCUAACUCAACAAGAGUGGAACACAUGGAGUGUGGCGCAGCUGUCCUUGGAGGUAGACGUGGGUUUGGCCUUCUGGGAAGUUCAGUCACCCCACCAGACUAAUACAGAUCCCACAUGUGCGUCCACGCUCCAACAGGAUGUUUGGACAGCAGCAGUACUCACUAUCAGGUACCUCAGUCCUGAUGUUUGGGUCUGGCUGGACCUCAGACUCUCACCCAGGAGGCAGAUGAGAUCUCUAUCAGCGUGUCUGGUGACUCUGGACCUCUGCUAUCUCGCCCCUCCCUUCUCAUGGAGGGGAGAGAAACGAGAGGGAGAGAGAAAGGCAGCAGCCCACUACCACCAUGUCCCCAGAGGCCCCUCUCCUGCCUCCCCCCCACCCCCACCCCCCCUCCUGCUGCUCAGUACAGCUGUGGCUCAGUCUCAGACUCGACCAGCUGGGAUCCCAUCUCUACCAGAGGACCCUCUGUGUGAACGCCUCUCACCUCCCCUCUGCUCCUCAUUAGGUCGGACCACACAGACCUCCAGCUCCACUCCAGCCCACCCGUCUGUCCACCAUAUCGUCCUCGGAGCGUCCACUCCACUCAUGGCCGUGGCAGAGGGCGCAGCGCCAACGGCGGCGCCCGUGGCCCUGAUGCUCACCCUCAUCGUGGUGGCCCCUGCGCCCGCCUCCGGAGGAUGCCCGUCCGCCUGCCGCUGCUCCUUCGCCAUGCUGCAGUGUCUGGAGCCCGACGGGAUCUCCAGCAUCCCCACGCUGGCGAUACAAGAGAGCGAGAACGUGACAGAGAUUUACAUCGAAAACCAAGCGGGUCUGGAGAACAUCAGCGACAUGAACCUGGUGAACUACAGAGAACUGAGGAACCUGACCGUCACCUCCUGUAAACUGAGGCUCAUCUCUGCCAACGCCUUCCAGUUCAACACAAAGCUUCAGUAUGUGAACCUGGCGUCCAACGCUCUGGAACACAUCAGCUGGAAGGUGUUUCAUUUCCUACCUCUGCUCAACCUUGUUUUAAGGGACAACCCUCUGCUGUGUUCCUGUGACCUGCACUGGCUGACGCAGUGGACGCAGAGUGACCGCGGUGACCUGGACGCUCAGAUGUUGGACUGUUGGUCCGACGGUCACACAGAACCGCUGAGCUCUUUGGUCAUAGAAAACUGCAGUCUACCUGAGGUCAACAUCCUGCCCUCCAACAACAACGUUCAAGAAGGAGGUAACCUGACGUUUGAGUGUCAGGUGACAGGAAGUCCCACCCCCACUGUGAGAUGGCGCACAGAGCAGCUGCGCUCCCACUUCUUCACCCAGGAGAGAAUCUGGGGCUCCACAUUAGAGCUGAUUCUUCACCUCACCAACGUCUCCUCCGCUGACAACCUCCACAACCUGACCUGCGAGGCUGAGAACCAGGCUGGACCCGGAGAGGACGUGGUGCAACUGGACAUUGAAUUUGCGGUGAAAAUCCUGUUUCUCAAAGACGCUGUCCAACAGCACCACUGGUGUUUCCCCUUCGCUGUGGACGGAAACCCUGAACCCGUCAUCUCCUGGUUGUACAACGGCCGAGAGCUCAAACAGACGCGCUUAAUCUACACCCAGCUCAUCCUGGACACCAACGACGGGUCGGUCAAACACGGAUGUCUGUUCCUCAACAAGCCCACGCACAUCAACAACGGACUCUACACUCUGAUCGUACACAACAAACUGGGGAGGGACGAGGCCAACGCCACCGGCAUGUUUAUGGACAACCCCUUCGACCAGUUCGACCCUGAAGGCAUCAUUCCAGUCCCUGAUGUCAAUCCAAGUCCCACAAACAAAUCUGACAUGGACGUCACAGAGAACCUGGAGAGUCGAGUGUUUGUGGUGUCGGUUGCUGUCGGUCUUGCCGUCUUGGCCAGUUCCUUCCUUCUCAUCAUGGUUCUGGUCAUAAACAGAUGUGGACAACAUUCCAAGUUUGGGAUUCCCCGUUCAUCAGUUUUGGGCGCUGAAGACGACCUGGCCGUGUCGCUUCGUUUUAUGAACUUUGGAACCAGCCCGCCCUCCUCAGAUGAAGACUCUGGCUUAUCCAGCUUCGUAGAGAAUCCACAGUACUUCUGCGGCAUCAUCAAGGACAAAGACAUGUGUGUCCAGCACAUUAAAAGGCAGGACAUCGUGUUGAAGUGGGAGCUGGGUGAAGGAGCCUUUGGAAAAGUCUACCUGGCCGAGUGCGCCAACCUCAGCCCAGACAACGACAAGAUGCUGGUCGCCAUAAAAACUCUGAAGGACGCCAACGAGUCGACCCGUCAGGACUUCCAGAGGGAGGCGGAGCUGCUGACGGUUCUCCAACACCAGCACAUCGUCAGGUUCUACGGCGUUUGCACGGACGGGGAACCUCUGGCCAUGGUGUUCGAAUACAUGAGGCACGGAGACCUGAACCGCUUCCUCCGUGCUCACGGCCCAGACGCUCGUAUUCUGGAGGAGUCGCAGAUGCCUCUGCUGGGUCAGCUGACGCUGCCUCAGAUGCUGCACAUCGCCGCUCAGAUCGCCUCAGGUAUGGUCUACCUGGCAUCUCUGCACUUCGUCCACCGUGACCUGGCCACGCGGAACUGCCUGGUGGGGGAGGGGCUGGUGGUGAAGAUCGGAGACUUCGGCAUGUCCAGAGACAUCUACAGCACCGACUAUUACCGGGUGGUGGGACGGACGAUGCUGCCCAUCCGCUGGAUGCCCCCGGAGAGCAUCAUGUACAGGAAGUUCACCACAGAGAGCGACAUCUGGAGCUUCGGCGUGGUCCUGUGGGAGAUUUUCACCUACGGCAAACAGCCCUGGUACCAGCUGUCCAACAGUGAGGUGAGUGGACACACUAAAGACCCUGAAACUGUCCAACAGUGA